ACAUUCGUAUUAUUUUUACUAGACUGCUGCUGCCACUUCUGAUCUGCCUAAUUCAUGGUGUCCUUUUGUGCAUCGGAACUGAAAUUUACGUCCUCGUUUCCCGGCCGUUCUGGGAGGAGUUGGGGAGCUUGUUUCCGUUGCUGUGGAGUCGUUGUGUGAAUGAAAGGAGAGAUUCAAGUGAAUGGCUGCAAGAGAGAGAAUUUUGUUUGGGGAUAAUGCCGUUGAAAUGGAAAGCAUUGAAGAAGAAGAUUUUGCUAUUUCAAAUUCAUCCGAUGCAGAUGCUGCAUUUGAUGCUGUUGUUGGAUACAUAGAGGAUAUAAUGAUGGUGUCGUUUAAUUGGGCAGGUGAUGAGUUUCAACAGCUUCAGAGAAACUUCAUGGAAAAGCAUUACCUGGAGUUUGAAGAUUCCGAGGAGAAUAAAUUGAGCUACACACCCAUCUUCAAUGAGCAUAUCGAUCUGCUGGAAAAGUAUAUUGAACAGCAGCUGACAGAAAGGAUGCCUGGGUUCAGCAUGUCAGCAUUUACCACAUCGUUACAAUCAGAUCCGUUGCAUUUGUUAUCGAUGGAUUCUCCAUUUCCACAUGAUUUGAUUGAAUUUGAAAUCCUAUGCAGAUUCAGGGCUAAGGUAAUGGGCUGUGAGACUGUUUGGGAUAUGGCUGAUUUUGUUGUCCUUUUUAAUUUUUUUCUUGCUGCUACAGACAGCAUAAAGAUGAGAUAGCGGGAGACAUAUUCGACAUGCUUCUGACAUUCACCGACUUCCUGGCUUUCAAAGAAAUGUUUCUUGAUUACAGAGCUGUAAGUAAACAGUUUACUGCGGUGUCUCCAGACUCAUUUUGUUAAUGUCACCUAGGUAUUGUGGGGCAAUGAGCAGUUAUCUGCUAUUUAAUACUUAGUGAAUUAUUACUUUUGUUCUUGCUUGUGAUGUUUUUUAUGUAUCCCAAAAAUCCAAAUCCUGUUGAGGGGGGAAAAAAAAACACCAACAGGCUUGCAGUUAACUGAAGGGAAUUCCUAAGGCAUUAGUUGCCAAUGGCUUAAAAACAUUUUUACAUUUUAAAAAACUGUUCUGGAACUGUUUUAUUUAAAGACCCUUAGUUUAUUUAUAGAUACGGUCAGUUUGUCUACUCUAUCACUAUUUAGAGCAGUAAGGGACUUUACAGAAAGUCUACCCUAGGAAACUAAUCAAACAUUUUCAGUGUCAAGUACUGAAAAAGUGACACAUUAUAUAAUGUUAGUUACUGGAAUGCUGUUUUGAGUUCUCUUUCCUAAUCUCUAAAAAUGGUCUUUAGUUUUGAAUCAAAUAAUCUUUCUUAGUGGAAGUGUAUACAGGUCUGCAGAGUUGAAGUAAAUCCAAGUGAUUGUUCUUUAACACCCAGAGAAACCUGUUCAGUCUGAAUACCUCGCCUGUUCCCAGAUACGGAGAUCCCAUUGUAAAUCAUUAAUGCACCAAUAGACAACACCCAGUGCAUGGGUCUUCAUGCAGACGCUGGACGGCUGUAAUUAGUUUGCAGACAGUGUUCAGACCAGGCCUGGACAUGCAUCUUAUCACAGACUACUGAGUGCAAAUUGUCCCUGCAGUCGAUUUCUGGAUAGUGUUUAGGAAUGUGUGAAUGUAUAAUGAACUUGAUUGUAUUUUUGUUUUUGUUUGC